GCCUCCCCUCUAGAGAGAGAGAGAGAGAGAGCAGGAACCCCGGAAACUUUAGGAGUAUAGGAAAUAUACGGCAUGGAACGACGCACCGGACAUCGGCUAUCGGCGCUGCUGGGUUGGACGCUACUGUUGUGUGCGCUGAUCGCGGAACGUGGAGUGGAUGGCCAGUUCCAGAAUGUACCGAACCAGUGCACGGUUCAGGUCGGCGGGGACCUGAUGAAGCAGCUCGGCCGGAUGACGGCGGGCCGCCAGCUGACGUGCGACAACACCUGGACGACGCUGCUGCUGACGUUUCACGAAACGCGCAAGAACCUGACCGGGUGUCUGGAGCGCGAGCAGCGCAACGCCAACGACGAACCGUCGACCACCUUCUGCCAGACGCUGCUGGACGACGCGAAGCGCCAGGCGCAGCAGGAACGGGCCAAGCUAUCGGCCGACGCGGACCGGAGCGCGCAGGCCGUCCAGCUUGACCUGAACAAGGUGCGCGACGAAGCCCGCAAGGUGCAGACCGAGCUGGACGCGGUGAAGCGCGAGCGGCGCGAGUACUGCCUGGAGCUGGUCGUGACCAACAUCGGCAUCGGCGACGCGAAGCAGGCCCACAAGUACCACGCACUCUACACGCAGGGCCAGCCGGCCGACCGGAAGGCGUACGAGGAGAUGGUGCAGUUCGUGUACCGGAAGGUCGAGUACCAGAACGUGCGGGUCGGCUACAUGCUCGACUUUGCGCGCCAGCUGAACGACCCGAACAUGCGGCUCCUGAUCUACGAGAAGCUGCACGAGCAGAUGCUCAAGCGGCCCAACAUACCCGAGCAGGAGGGCCUAGCGGUCGUCCUGGCGUUCGACGCGCUCGACGCGACGACCGACGCGCCGGCCCUGAAGCCCCAGCUAGAGGCGCUCUACAUGAAGGCGUACGAUCCGAUCAUCAAGCGCUGGAAGCAGCAGCUCACGGUCGGUGAGUGGCGUGCGGUCGCCAUGUUCGCCCACGCGUACUCGCAGUACUUCAAGCGCAUCCAGACCCAGCUCCUGACGGUCGACGCCAACGUGUGGAAGUCGAUGGACUUCUCCAAGUUCCUGCUCACCAUCAACACCGUACCGACCUCGGACCUUCGCCUCGAGUCGUUCCGGCUGGUGUUCGAGCAGGUGAAGCGCUACAACAAGGACAACCCGGACACGCACCUGAAGGCGCUGGCUCGCGAGACGGAGGUCUUCCAGCGGUUCAUCGAGCGCAAGAAGCUUGGCCAGGAGGCGCAGGACCACCUGACGAAGGUGAAGGAAAUGUUCAAGGGCUUAGGGAAGAACAAGGACUACGACCACUACCUGAAGGAGGCCAAGGCCAACGCCAAGGGCCGCAGGCGUUAGGCCCGAGAGCGCGCCCGAGUACACACCGCAGGCGUACCGACGUUAAGGGCAAAAGGGCAAUAAAGCAUCUGCAACUAUAGA